AUGGCUUCAGCUUCAGCAUCAGCAAGCACUAGCGCAAAGGUCGUCGAAGAUCACGACCUCUUGCUGGGGCCUGGCGCUACCCGUCAAGGUCUGAAAUGGACCGCACCGCCGUCUCGCCUAGAGCUGGUGCAAGUCCACUACCUUGUACGGCAUGGCGAACGUACCCCUGUGCGAACGCGGCUUCAAAACGCCAAACCAGCAAUCCCGACUUCUUGGCCCUAUUGUCACGUCGGUUCUGAGUUCGCCGCUGCCGUGGCAGACUUUGCGCCAGGACCUCCCGAUGCCAAAGGCAAGUCACCAGCCAAAGUACCUGAUGGACCUUGGCGGGGACCUGAUUCGUGGCGCGGCAAGAUGGACAUACGCAAAGGGACCGAGAACACUGAUCGUCACGAUCGGCCAGUUCCUGGCGCUCCUGGGGAAUGGUGAGCUUGCGCCGGAUCGGUGCUCGUGAGAGCAAGGCCUGUGGUGACCCUUGGCCGCGCUCAUGCAUGCGCUUCUCCUCCUCAGCCUUCUCGGAGAGCUCACAGAUCUCGGGAGGCAAUCAACACACGCCUUAGGUCAACUGCUGCGGGAGACGUACAUAGACAAGCUUGGAUUGCUGCCACAGCGUCUUUCCGCUGAUGAUGCCAAUGCGGUAUAUUUCCGUUCAACAAACAUGUCGAGAACUGUGGAGUCAGUGAGUGGCUUUUCCCGCAAUGUAGCCAGCUGAGCUGCGUUCCGGCGUCUGACGAGCCACCUUGCUGUCCGCUUUCAGGCUCAAUCACUCAUCAGGGGUCUGCUACCGCAAACAAGAGACGCGCAGGACGAGUACACUCCUACGCUUUUGAUUAGAAACGGCACCACAGAAAAUUUGCUGCCCAACACCUUUGGUUGCGCACGGUUGCGGGCUCUUGACGCGCAGUUCGCGAGCAUGGCAGCACAAGUGCACAAUGCCAGGCUAUCCGCUUUUGACGAGGGCAUCGCACCGCACUGCGAUGGUGCGCCCCCCAGGAUAGACGGGCAUCCGAGACUCAAUGGGUGAGUGUUGUGCCUUCCAUGCUCGCCUCACAAUAUUGUCUCUCAAGAAGCUUCUCGCCACCGCAAUCUCGCAGCAUUUUGGACACAGUGCGCGCCGCAGUGGCGCACGGCGUGCCGUUCCCGUCUGUUUUCGAAGAGCCUGGCACGAUGCGUGUUGUGGAACGCGCGGUGGUGGACGAGUGGUGUGAGUCUUUGAGAGUUGUUGCAUGUCUUGCCUGAGAUGGCUGAACGCCCAAAGCCCUGCCGCUCGUCUAAAACGCAGUCUCUGGCUAUCACGCAGAGGGUAAGUCCGCGGCUUCCUGAUACGAGAAAUGGGCCAACGCUGAGCUGUGGCUGCUUUCCGUACAGACGCGGCGCUGCGAAAUCAGUACAGGCGACUCGCCAUGGGUCGUCUACUGAAUGACUUGGCAGGUCGUCUAUACAAUAAAGCCACCAAUGGUGACCGAGACCCCCUCAAGCUCGCAGUGUACUGCGCACGUGGGUAUUUGCCCUGCCUUCAUCAGCCACGCUGGACUCUACUGAAGUUCAUCGUCUCUACAUUGCAGAUGACACUUCUUUGGCCGGGCUGCUCUCAACAUUAGACGCUUUCGACAAUAGGUGGCCGGCUUUCACAGCCUCACUAGGUCUAGAGCUGUUCAGAGAUCGAAGUCCCGCAGCACAACCGUCCAUCCUCUCCGUCCUGGGAAUCGGACGAUCAGCGCCUCAGCACUGUACGUGUUCAGCGUUGCGGUACACGGCUCAAAGCACGCGGCAAAACAGCUUUGCUGACCAGACUAACCUUGUAGAUGUUCGAUUACGGUACGGCGACAAGUCAUUGAAGCUGCCUGCGUGUGCCGCAAAAGGAGCUCACCUUGAAGGGGAGCCCGAGCUGUGCACACUAGAGGCCUUCAAGUCAGCUGUAGAAGCUUUACGCCGUCCAGAUGGCAUGUCCUGGGAGAAAGAAUGUCAAGAAGGCCGGGGCUCGAAGAGUUCCAAAUAG